AUGAUCCUAGCUCCUUGUUACUUAAAUAACAUGCUUGAGUAAAAAACGCUUAGAAAGAGGAUCACACACUUGACAGGGACUUGCCGGUGACUAGGAAUAGCCGAGCUUUCAGUAGGAAAUGGCCAGCCGCCUCUCAGACCUGAUUCAGUACCGGGGGCUAUUUCAGAUGAUGUUUGUCCUGGGAAUUGGUGGAAGCUUCCUGCCAGGUUUUCACAUGUCUGUGAUCAGCUACUCUUCCAUGCACAUUAAGAGGUUUAUCAACAAAACCUGGCUGGAGCGACACGGCUUUCCCCUCCAUCAGGAGACCAUCACAUUGCUAUGGUCCCUCAUUGUGUCUAUCUACUUUGUAGGGGGACUGCUGGGGAGUCUGUGUAGCGGAUACCUGUCUGAGAAAUAUGGAAAGUACGUAUCUUUUCUGAACAGCUCGCUAAUGGGAAAUUGUAACAAUGGAACCUGCUAA